CAUGUAGAUGUUGGCCUACUGGUAAUCUCUCUGCCUCUGUUGUGCUCUCUCUGCCUCUGUUGUGCUCUGUGCAGUGUGUGUGAUCAGGAUUGAUAUUCUGGAGCAUGACGAUGGUGAUUGGACCAAUGUUACUUCCUGCGCCUGAAAGUACUGGUGAAAACCGAAUCUUCUUCGCAUGACAAACUACAGUACAGUAUAGAACAAGACGUUGAACAGUCCAUUACAGUCGCAUACACAUGACAUAUAUUGUUUUCUCCUCUAACUUUGCCCAUGACCGUCUAUUUCAUUCAAUUCAAGAUAGGAGGAGAACAGCCCAUCGCAGUCAAAUGACUUAAUCAAAUCGAUAUCUGCAACAAUAGUCGGGUCUUUUGAAGCUUGUGUCAGAUAUGGUAUCAAUUGAUAUGCAUGGAACUUAUGACGCUCGCUAAAAGGAGGUGUUGGUGGAGAAUAAUUUGCCACAGCCGGAGAUUGUUGAAUGGUGAAAUUGGAUGCAGGACGGCGUCAAAGAUAAGUUUCUGCUGCAAGAUAGAAGAGUGUUGAGUGGCAGUGGAAGUGGUUUUGUGAUUUUUAAAGUCAAAGUGGAUAUACCAGCUUUCCUGGAUGAUGGCAUGAUAACUGGUGGCGGCGGUGGGAUGAAUGCUCGCAGUACCCUAUCAAAUUAUCCCCAAUGUCCAUGCACGUCACUAAGCACAAUGGAAUAGUCAUGUCUUGAGUUCAGUUAACGGGAAUGAACCCUCAACUUCGAGAAGUUUCAUAUUAUUAGUAUUUUCAUGUGUUUAUUGCCCCUCUUCAAGAAAGACAGAAAUGUGACAGCACUGCGAGAUUGGGCAUUGUUACAGAACUGCACAGUUCUGGAAGAAUUUAAUAUAAUACCUUGGAGAAAACAAGUAAGCGAUUAAGCUAUUAAACUAUGGGGCAGUCAUCUUCAGCAAGUUCAACUGGGCCAGAAUCUCCUACGACUCCCGUGGACACUUGGAUCACUCAUAAGCCAAGUCCUUGUGCCUUGCUGGAUCAAAAUGGCGGACUAAGCAAUGGCCACGCACAGUGUGCUGCAAGUAUUAGUGGAAGCAGCACGAGAAGCAGUAAUGGAAGUAGCAGCGGUAGCACAGGGACUCAGCCCCGUAUGGCUCACCGAUCUUCAGUGCAAUACAGGUCCUCCAAGGGCCGCAAGAACUCUGCCCUUGAGAAGAGGGUGCACAGUGUGCAUAUCAUUGAGAGUAUUCCUAGUGAAAUCUUUUUGAAUCGCAGGAAGCAGAUGGACACAUGGCAGCAGUACCAGGCUCAAAUGGAUUUACCCCCAGAGAAAGCCAAGCUUCUGCGUCAGUAUAACGAUGAGAAGAAAUGGGACCUGAUUUGUGAUCAGGCUAAUGGCCAACAUGUACCCAUCUCAUUAGAUAUCCAUGUGGUCUUACACCACUUCGAACUUGUUUAUAAACCAAAGUUUCAUAAUGACAAAGUGCAAACUAAUUAG